AUGACUGAUACCAGCAAAAAAGAAGAAACUGUAUCUGUUAAGGCUCAAGACCUCAAACAAGAUGAAGAAAAUAACAAAUUAGUUAAGAAAGAGCAACCACAAGAAGAAGAAUUGUCUGAAGAAGAUUUGAAAUUGAAGGAUGAUUUAGAAUUGCUUGUCUCGAGAUUAUUAGAAAAUGAUACUAGCUUGUAUGAACCUUCUUUACGUCAAUUGAAAGAAAGCAUUCAAAAUUCAACAACUACAAUGACUGCUGUUCCCAAACCUUUGAAGUUUUUAAGGCCUUUCUAUGCUGAGUUAGCAAAAGUCUAUGAUAAAUGGUCUGAUAAAAAAUUGAAGUCACAGUUGGCCGAUAUUUUGUCUAUAUUAAGUAUGGUUUACGCAGAAAAUGGGAAGCAUGAUUCAUUAAGAUUCAGAGUUUUAUCCCAAGAAAGCAAUAUUGAAGGUUGGGGCCAUGAAUAUGUUCGUCAUUUGGCUUUAGAAAUUGGGGAUGUUUUUAAUAGUAUGCUAGAGGAAGAAGCUGAUGAAGCAAAUAUUAAAUCUUCCUUUGAUUACACCAAGAACGAUUUGCUAAAUUUAGCUUUUGAAAUUGUUCCUUAUUUUUUAAAACACAAUGGCGAAGCCGAUGCUGUAGAUUUGUUGUUGGAAAUUGAAUCUAUUGAUGUUUUAUCCCAGUUUGUUGAUGAAAACACUUUUGAGCGAGUUUGCAAGUAUAUGGUUAGUUGUGUUCCACUUCUACCACCACCAGACGAUGUCUCCUUUUUGCAAACAGCAUACUCAAUUUAUUUAACAGAAAAUCAACUAACAGAGGCGUUGUCUUUAGCCAUUAGAUUGGGUGAUGAAUCUUUAAUCAGUUCCGUUUUUGAUGCUACUACCGAACCUGCUAUGCAAAAACAGUUGGCUUACAUUUUAUCCGAACAGAGAUCACCUUUUGAACGUGAAGAAGUCAAAGACAUAAUUGGUAACGUUAAACUAUCAGAAAAUUUUCAAUAUCUAACAAAAGAAUUGAAUUUGCAAACACCUAAAGUUCCAGAAGAUAUUUAUAAGAGUUAUUUGGAUAAUUCUUCUAAUAAUGCAUUUUCUGCUACAGGUUUGGAUUCUGCCCAACAAAAUUUGGCAGCUUCUUUUGUUAAUGGCUAUUUAAACUUGGGCUACUGUAGUGAUAAAUUGAUCUUAAAGGACGAUAAUUGGGUUUACAAGACAAAGGGUGAUGGCAUGAUAUCUACUGUUGCUAGUGUAGGGGCUAUUUACCAAUGGAACGUGGAUGGUUUACAACAAUUAGACAAGUACUUGUACGUGGAAGAACCGGAAAUAAAGGCUGGCGCAUUAUUAGGUGUCGGUUUAGCUGCCUGUGGUGUACAUGAUGGUGAUGUUGAACCAGCAAUGUUGUUAUUGGAAGAUUAUAUUACUAAUGCCAAUCCAAAAAUUAGUACUUCAGCAAUUUUAGGUUUGUGCAUUGCCUUUGCAGGUUCUAGAAAUGAUGAAUUAUUAGGCUUGCUUUUACCUUUUGUUGAAGAUACUUCAUUGCCUUUAAAAAAUACAGCUGUUGCUGCUUUAGCUUUAUCCCAUGCCUUUGUUGGGACCUGUAAUGGUGAUAUUACCUCCGCUAUUUUGGAUAAUUUAUUGGAACGUUCCGAAUUUGAGUUAAAUACUGAAUGGUCCAGAUUUUUAAGCUUGUCUUUGGGUUUAUUGUACUUGGGCAUGGGCGAUGCUGUUGAGGAUGUGUUGGAAACCAUAGCCGCGAUUGAGCAUCCAAUCACUUCUUCUAUAGAAGUUUUGGUUAAGGUCUGUGCAUUUGCCGGUACGGGUGAUGUUUUAUUGUUGCAAGAUUUAUUACACAGGUUAACGCCAAAACCUGAAAAGAAAGAUGAUGAAUCGGAGGAAGAAGAAGAAGAGGAAGAGGAAGAGGAAGAGGAAGAGGAACAUGCAUUGGAAGAUGGAUUAAGCGCUUUUGCCGAAGGGGAGGCUGUUGUUGAUAUUCAGCAAGAGAAUAAUAAUGAAGACACGAAUGACAAUGCUAAUGCUAAUGCUGAAACGGCAGCUACUAAUAACAACUCUAGUGCCGAAACAGCCAUCACUGACAAUAAUGAUAAUGAUGGAGACGAAAUGGAAGUUGACGGAGAGGAAAAUAAGAAGGAAGAUGAAACUACAGAACCAAAGGAUAAAGAAGAACAAGAAGAUGGCGAAGGUGACGUCGACAAAGAAACGGGUCCUAAAGCUGUUAGUAUGGAGGAUGAGUUGAUUUUCUCUGUGUUGGGGAUAGCUUUAAUAGCAAUGGGUGAAGAUAUUGGUAAAGCGAUGUCCUUGCGUCAUUUUGGUCAUUUGAUGCAUUAUGGUAAUGAUGCAAUUCGUCGUGCAGUUCCACUAGCUAUGGGGUUAAUCUCUGUUUCUAACCCUCAAAUAAAUGUAUUUGAGACUUUAUCUAGGUAUUCACAUGACGCUGAUAUGGAUGUUGCAAUGACUUCUAUUUUUGCUAUGGGUUUGUGUGGUGCUGGUACCAAUAAUGCUAGAUUGGCUCAAUUGCUAAGACAAUUGGCCAGCUAUUAUUCUAAAGAUCAAGAUUCUUUGUUUAUUACUAGAUUAGCUCAAGGGUUGGUUCAUUUAGGAAAGGGCACUUUAACACUAGACGUUUUUAACGAUGCUCAUGUUAUGAAUAAAGUCACUGUUGCAUCUUUAUUGACAGUCUUGGUUGGUCUAAGUUCUCCAAACUUUAUGCUAAAAAACCACUAUUUACUAUACUUGUUGAACAGUGGUAUUAGACCUAAAUAUAUAAUAGCUUUAUCUGAAGAUGGAGAACCUCUGAAGGUUAAUGUUAGAGUGGGGGAAGCAGUUGAUACUGUGGGACAAGCUGGUAAACCCAAAACAAUUACCGGAUGGAUUACUCAAUCUACUCCGGUAUUAUUGAAUUAUGGUGAGAGGGCUGAGUUAGAGAAUAAUGAGUACAUAAGUUAUGCUAGUAGAAUUGAAGGGGUUAUAAUUUUAAAGAAAAAUCCAGAUUAUAAAGAAGAAUGA